CUUGUCUUCUUGCGCAUGUGUAGUAUCGAAAAUAUCAUAUGGCGUAGAACGCCAAUCCAGCAUGAGAGGUUAUGCAGCAGUGAGUGGAGCAGUGGAAGAAUAAAUAAAUAUAUCGUAGAAACUAUCAAGAUUUCAUAUUGUAUGACACAAAACGGAAACAUGAAUUCGAUGAAGAGUAAUGGCGAGACUGGUAACGGAUUAGAGGAUCUCGGUAUACCGGGACAAAUAUAUCUGAGAGACGCAUUGACCAGUUGUACAGAUCCACUUAAAGCUAUCGAAGGAUUUCAGCUGGAAAAUGGUAUAUUACUACCAUCGUUACGGCCUAUGUUACCUCUGCUUGAUCUACAUGGAGUUAGGAGAUUAGACUUUCAUGCCUCUGUUUUGGAGGAAUUACGAGAGAAGCUAAUCAAGCAGAUUGAUGAGAUUGGCAUGGAAAGGGCGGACAAGGGAGCUUCUGGAGAUAAAAGAUUGAAAGAAUUGUUAUCAAAAAGUUUUCCUGCUGUCAGAGUUGCUGCUCUGCGACCUGUUGUUAUGUGUAUAUUGCGAAAUACCGUACAUAUCGAAGAUAAAUAUUUGCGUGUGUUAGUUAGGGAGAGAGAACUGUAUAAUGACGCUGAUACAGAAGUAAAACGCCAGAUAUGGAAAGAUAAUCAAAGUCUCUUCGGCGAUGAGGUCUCUCCAUUAUUUAGUCGAUAUAUCAUCGAGAAAGAGCAGAUUUUGUUUGAUCACUGCAACUUGAAUAGCCUAUUCUUUACGCCAUCUCCUAAAGUAAGGAGACAAGGAGAAGUUGUACAAAAGUUAGCUCACAUGAUUGGGCAUAGCGUGAAGUUAUAUGAUAUGGUACUACAAUUUCUGAGGACUUUGUUUCUACGCACUAAGAAUAUCCACUAUUGUACUUUGAGGGCAGAACUGUUAAUGGCAUUGCAUGAUUUAGAAGUACAAGAUAUCAUUUCUGUAGAUCCAUGUCAUAAGUUUACUUGGUGUCUUGAUGCAUGCAUCAGAGAAAAAAAUGUGGAUGUUAAAAGAUCUCGUGAAUUACAAGGCUUCUUGGAUAGUAUUAAGAGAGGACAGGAGCAAGUAUUAGGAGAUCUGAGUAUGAUUUUAUGUGAUCCCUAUGCAGUAAACUUUCUCGCUAGUAGUGCAAUAAAGAUAUCGCUUCAUCUGAUAAUUGGCGAGGCACUGCCUAGAGAUAACGCAGUGCUCGUGUUAUUAUUGAGAAUGCUUACGCUGGGAUUGUCCGCUUGGCAAAUGAUCGAUUCGCAAGACUUUAAAGAACCAAAACUGGACAGUCAAGUUGUCACAAAGUUUCUACCAGCACUUAUGUCACUCAUGGUUGAUGACCAAAUCAGACAACUCAAUCUUAGACUUCCACCUGAUGAAAGGGAAAGUGCAAUCGCAAUUAUAGAACAUGCUGGACCACCUCCCGAUGCGUGCCAAGCAUACGCUCAACUUUCUGGAGUAGCAGCAGUUCUGUCUAUGUACUACGCGUUACACAUUGGAGGUGGCGGUGGUGUUGGAAGAAGUAGAGGAGAUGCUAGAGGUUUGAUGAGAGUACUAGCGACAUUACCUAAUUCUCAUGCGCAACGAGCUUUUGAAGACCCAUUUUUACACACGCUGGUUUCGUUAUUAAUAUUGAAUAUGGCUGAUGAAUUUUCGAACGAAUCUUUUUGCACGGUAAUCUUUGAUGAGUUCUUCUUGGCUGGCUUAGGUAGAGACAGCGUUACACGACACUUGUUGAAAUUACUUUGGUACAUACAUCCUAAAUUGCCAUCCUCGCGGUUGCAUUCGUUAUUGAAAGCUUUACAACCAACAAGUCAGCAUAAUGAAGCAGUUCACAGUCUUUAUGAAUCUCUACGUGACAAAGUUGGUAAUCAUUCUACAGAGGACCAAUUGGCAGCGACAGCUCAAAUGGACACGUUAGGUCUCGAUUGUUCUCCCUCCACGCUUACUGGGAUUCCGACACCAACAUCGAGUACGUGUCCGCUUUAAUAUUUAUGUAAUUCAAAGGAUAUAAAAAAAAAUGAUUUGAA